AUGGGGCUGGACUUCGUCGAACAAGGAAGGGAGAAGAUGCAGGAAGCCCAAGAAGACAACCUUCAUCAGACCUUAAUGGAUCUGAGGAUGAAAACCUCUGUUUUAGAGGUUCCACAGGUGGAGCGGGAAAAGAUGACCAGUAGGACCAUGGAGAUGGUCAACACGUAUGAUGACAACAUCAGAAAUCUGACCUGGGGACCGAUGAAGACAUUGGACAAGGAGAGUCCUCCAGCUAUCGGCGAGAUCAAGGAAGGUCCAACUGACAAUGACUCGGUGAUGCAAGACUUCAAUGACCACCUGGUGAAUGCCGGGUUGAACUUCGGCCAUCCCACCUUCCUUGCCUUCAUUCCGACCGGCGGUGGAAUAUAUCCCGCAGGCCUGGGUGCCUUCAUUCCGGCGAUCUUUUCUACAUUCACAGGGUUCCACGGGAAGAACACAACAAUUAUUGAGAUGGAGAACAAAGUGAUCAAAUGGGUGGCAGACUUGUUCGGGUACCCCGCAGGGCAUGCUGGGAACAUCUCAUCAUCAGCUUCUCUUUCCACUCUCACCGCGGUAGCUGUCGCACGGGACAGCAAGGAGCUGAAGGCCGCAGACUUUCACAGAUGUGUGAUUUACUGUACCGAGUUUACCCACUUUGUGGUGCUGAAAGCACUUCAAGCUGUUGGGUUACGGGAGGCCAUUCUGAGGACAGUUCCAGUAGACAAGUCGUUCAAGAUGACAGCAGCGGGUCUUGAAAAGCAGGUCAUGGAAGAUAAGGAUGCCGGUUUGUUGCCCUUCCUGGUUGCGGCAACUGUGGGCACCACGCUGACCGGAAGUGUGGACCCUGUGAACGACAUCGCUGAUGUGUGUGACCGUCACCAACUCUGGCUCCACGUUGAUGCCGCGUAUGGAGGGUUCUUCGCUCUCUGUGAGGAAAAGAAACAGCUGUUCGUCGGUUUGGAGCGGACCGAUUCGAUGGUGGCUAAUCCACACAAAGGGAUGUUCCUACCCUUUGGAGUUAGUGUUCUGUUGGUGAAAGACGGAAGGAAGCUCCAACAGUGCUGUUCCAUGAAGCAGACACCCCUCUGCUUCAAGGGAUGUCAGCUGUUCUCAGCAGAACAUCUGGCUCCAUCUGAACUUUCCUUUGAACUUUCCCGGCCCUACAGAGCUGCUCAGAUGUGGCUUCCGCUGAAAAUGUUUGGCGUUGGGGUUUUCCGUGAGGCGCUGAAAGAGAAACUUCUACUGGCACGGUACUUCUACGGGAAACUGAAAGGAACGGGUCAGUUCGAGCUACCACUGGAGCCGGAACUGUCCGUGGUCCUGUUCCGUGCUACAGCGCCACCUGGCGUCAACAUCAACAACUUCAACCAGCAGCUCUUGGACGGCCUGAAUUCUGACGGGAAAAUCUUCAUGACGCCCGCCGUACUUUCCGAUCAGUUUUACCUGCGUGUCUGUGUCCUGUGCUUCAGGACCCACAUUGAGCAUGUUGAUCUUUGCUUCUCUUUGAUCCAAGAGAAACGUCUGCAUCUUUGGGAGUCACUUCGUUGUGAUGCCUAAUAGUAACUAUCACUGAAUGGUAUGGCGUUUCAAAAUAGGCAGGGAUGGCAAAACUUUUACAUUUCCGUUCAUUGUAGAUGUAUGGUGUCUAGCAAUGAGUCCUUUUAUUUAUGACCUUAUUUUAUAUCUUAUUCAACAAUAAAUGGA